UCAAAAAGUAACAGAGAAACCAAAAGAGACAGGUGAAAAAAAAAGUAGAGAGAGAGCAGACUAUGUUGUUGUCUUCGGUAACUUUCAGCUAUCAACACUAGCAUUAGUUUAUAGUCUAAUAAUUUGUCGAUUUUAAAAGAAGAAGCAGAAAGAAAAGGGUUUUAAAUGUCUGAAAGAUUCUGUUAGGGUUUUUUCAAGGAGUAAUGGCAGCUUCUUCUCCAUCUACAAGAUAUGGUGCUACUGUUCCUACUACUUCCACUGUUAGUGGCGUUUCUACUAGUGGAGAUGCUCUUAGUCGUAUCCUCGCUAAUCUUUGCACUAGAGGAAACCCUAAGGACGGUGCUGCAUUGGCUUUGCGGAAACGCGUUGAGGAAGAAGCUCGAGACCUUAGUGGGGAAGCCUUUUCUCGCUUCAUGGAUCAGUUGUAUGAUCGUUUUUCGAGCCUGCUAGAAAGUAACGAUGUCUCUGAGAAUUUGGGAGCUUUAAGAGCCAUUGAUGAGUUAAUAGAUGUGACAAUUGGCGAGAGUGCUUCCAAAGUUUCCAAGUUCUCUAACUACAUGCGCACCAUAUUCGAAGUAAAACGUGAUCCCGAGGUUCUAAUCCUCGCUAGUAGGGUGCUUGGACAUCUAGCAAGAGCUGGUGGAGCUAUGACUGCAGAUGAAGUGGAGCGCCAGGUCAAAUCUGCAAUGGAUUGGCUUCGUGGUGAAAGAGUAGAGUAUCGUCGUUUUGCAGCUGUCUUGAUUUUGAAAGAAAUGGCAGAAAAUGCAUCAACAGUUUUCAACGUCCAUGUGCCAGAAUUUGUUGAUCUCAUAUGGGUUGCGCUGAGGGAUCCCACGUUGGCUGUUCGUGAGCGGGCUGUAGAAGCACUGCGUGCUUGCCUCCGUGUGAUUGAGAAGCGGGAGACACGUUGGCGCGUGCAAUGGUAUUACCGCAUGUUCGAAACUACACAAGAUGGACUCGGUAAGAAUGCUCCUGUUCAUAGCAUACAUGGUUCAUUGCUUUCAGUUGGGGAGCUUUUAAGGAAUUCUGGUGAGUUCAUGAUGUCAAGGUAUAGAGAGGUGGCAGACAUUGUUCUCAGAUACCUGGAGCAUAAGGAUAAACUUGUACGUCUAAGCAUAACAUCCUUGCUACCCCGCAUAGCCCACUUCCUACGUGACCGUUUUGUUGCAAACUACUUAAAGAUUUGUAUGGAUCAUAUUCUUGCCGUUCUGCGAAUACCAGCUGAACGCGCCAGUGGGUUUAUUGCCCUGGGAGAGAUGGCUGGUGCUUUGGAUGGUGAACUUGUCCACUAUUUGCCGACUAUAAUGAAUCACUUGCGAGAUGCAAUCGCUCCCUCUCGUAGAGGUAGACCCUCACUCGAAGCUUUGGCUUGUGUUGGAAGCUUUGCAAAAGCCAUGGGGCCUGAUAUGGAACCUCAUGUUCGAAGUCUCCUGGAUGCCAUGUUUUCUACCGGUCUUUCUUCUACUCUUGUUGAAUCCCUUGAACAAAUAACUGUUAGUAUUCCAUCGCUGUUGCCUACCAUCCAAGAGCGCUUGCUUGAUUCCAUUUCGGUAGCUCUUUCAAGGACUCUUUAUUCUCAUUCAAGGACAGGUGUUGUAGUUACUCGUGGAAAUGUGAUUAAUAACCCUAACCAAGUAUCAGAGCUUAGUGGUUCUGCUCUUGUGCAACUUGCUUUGCAAACACUUGCUCGUUUCAAUUUUAAGGGUCAUGAACUUCUCGAGUUCGCUAGAGCAUCUGUUGUUGUAUAUCUUGAAGAUGAGGAUGGAGCUACCAGGAGAGAUGCUGCUUUAUGUUGCUGCAGAUUAGUUGCUAACUUCUUCACUGGAGUAGCAUCUGCACAGUUUAGCCCAAGUAGGUCCAGUCGAACUGGAGGAAGGCGUCGCCGCCUUGUUGAGGAGAUUGUUGAAAAGCUUUUGAUUGCAGCCGUUGCUGAUGCUGAUGUCAAUGUUCGGCUGUCAGUCUUCUCUUCUCUGCAUGGAAAUGGAGGGUUUGACGAAUUUUUGGCACAGGCUGAUAGUUUAAGUGCGGUUUUUGUCGCUUUAAAUGAUGAGGAUUUUGUUGUUCGAGAGUAUGCAAUCUCAUUGGCUGGGAGGUUAUCAGAAAAAAAUCCAGCAUAUGUUCUUCCAGCACUUCGUCGCCAUCUCAUACAACUGUUGACAUAUCUAGAACAAAGUGCAGAUAGCAAAUGUAGAGAAGAAAGUGCGAAACUAUUGGGUUGCUUAAUUCGAAGUUGUGAACGACUUAUACUUCCAUAUAUUGCUCCUGUGCACAAGGCACUAGUGGCAAAGCUUCGUGAGGGCACUGGGGUGAACACAAAUAAUGGUAUUGUAAAUGGUGUUCUUGUUACUGUUGGGGAGCUUGCAAGAGUGGGUGGUUUUGCAAUGCGGCGGUAUCUUCCUCAACUAAUGCCAUUGAUUGUAGAGGCUUUAAUCGACGGGUCAUCUGUUACGAAGCGUGAAGUUGCCGUAGCAACACUUGGUCAAGUUGUUCAGAGCACAGGCUAUGUGAUUGAGCCAUAUAACGAGUAUCCACUUUUGCUUGGAUUGCUAUUAAAGUUGCUGAACGGUGAGUUGGCUUGGUCUACCAGACGAGAAGUGUUGAAGGUAUUAGGGAUUAUGGGUGCCUUGGAUCCCCAUGUUCAUAAACGGAAUCAGCAAAGCUUGCCAGGGUCACAUGGAGAAGUUAUCCGUGCAGCCAGUGAUACUGGCCAGCACAUCCGAUCAAUGGAUGAGUUACCCACGGAUCUCUGGCCAUCUUUUGCCACAUCAGAGGAUUAUUAUCCUACGGUUGCAAUCAGCUCACUCAUGCGCAUUCUUCGGGAUCCUUCUCUUUCAAGCUAUCAUCAAAAGGUUGUUGGUUCUCUUAUGUUUAUAUUCAAGUCCAUGGGCCUUGGGUGCGUUCCUUAUUUGCCAAAGGUUUUGCCUGAUCUCUUCCACACGGUCCGCACUUGUGAAGAUGGGCUAAAAGAGUUUAUAACUUGGAAGCUUGGGACAUUGGUAUCUAUUGUGCGCCAGCAUAUACGCAAGUAUUUGCCCGAGUUGCUGUCUCUUGUAUCUGAAUUAUGGGCUUCUUUUAGUUUGCCAGCAUCUAAUCGUCCUGUGCAUGGCUCACCUGUUCUUCACCUUGUAGAGCAGCUUUGCUUGGCAUUAAAUGAUGAAUUCAGGACAUAUCUUCCUGUUAUUCUUCCAUGUUGUAUUCAAGUACUGACUGAUGCUGAACGUUGUAAUGACUACACAUAUGUCCUAGAUAUUCUUCAUACUCUUGAAGUGUUUGGGGGGACUUUGGAUGAGCACAUGCAUUUACUUCUUCCAGCGCUCAUUCGCUUGUUUAAAGUGGAUGCUUCUGUGGAAAUACGGCGUGCUGCUAUUAAGACUCUUACAAGGUUGAUCCCUUGUGUGCAGGUAACUGGACACGUAGCAGCGCUAGUCCAUCAUUUGAAGCUUGUUCUGGAUGGAAACAGUGACGAGCUUAGGAAGGAUGCUGUUGAUGCCCUUUGUUCCUUAGCACAUGCCCUUGGGGAGGAUUUCACCAUUUUCGUGCCGUCAAUCCAUAAGCUUUUGCUGAAACACCGUUUGCGGCAUAAGGAAUUUGAGGAAAUCGAAGGACGUCUGCGUAGGCGUGAGCCGUUAAUAUUGGGGAGUUCUGUUGGUAGAUUGACUCGGCGACAUCCUGUUGAGGUCAUAAGUGAUCCUCUGAAUGAUGUUGAGAAUUUUGAUGAGGGGCCUGAGGUGAACAAGCAACUAAGAAGCCAUCAAGUCAAUGAUGGUCGAUUGAGGACAGCUGGCGAGGCUUCUCAAAGGAGUACUAAGGAAGAUUGGGCAGAGUGGAUGAGACAUUUUAGUAUUGAACUCCUCAAAGAAUCUCCUUCUCCUGCUUUGCGAACCUGUGCAAGGCUUGCGCAAUUGCAGCCUUUCGUUGGCCGCGAGCUGUUUGCAGCUGGUUUUGUGAGUUGCUGGGCUCAACUGAACGAAACUUGUCAGCAACAGUUAGUUCGGAGUUUAGAAAUGGCAUUUUCUUCUCCAAAUAUUCCUCCAGAAAUUCUGGCAACACUCCUUAACUUGGCUGAGUUUAUGGAGCAUGAUGAGAAACCUCUUCCAAUAGAUAUUCGACUACUUGGUGCUCUUGCAGAAAAGUGUAGAGCAUUCGCGAAGGCUCUACAUUAUAAGGAAAUGGAGUUUGAAGGUGCACGCUCGAAGAAGAUGGAUGCUAACCCAGUGGCUGCUGUUGAAGCUCUUAUACAUAUAAAUAAUCAGUUGCACCAGCAUGAGGCUGCUGUCGGAAUACUGACUUAUGCUCAGCAAGAUCUGGAUGUCCAACUGAAGGAAUCCUGGUAUGAAAAACUGCAGCGGUGGGAUGAUGCUCUCAAGGCAUACACUGUCAAAGCAUCUCAGGCAGCUAGUCCCCAUGUCAUUUUGGAUGCUACGUUAGGAAGAAUGCGAUGUUUGGCUGCACUAGCUCGAUGGGAAGAGCUCAAUAACCUCUGCAAGGAAUUUUGGACCCCCGCGGAGCCUGCAGCUCGACUAGAAAUGGCACCAAUGGCUGCUAGUGCUGCCUGGAACAUGGGGGAGUGGGAUCAGAUGUCUGAUUAUGUCUCUCGUCUGGAUGAUGGGGAUGAGACCAAACUCCGAAUCCUAGGGAACACUGCUGCAACUGGCGAUGGAAGUAGUAACGGUACUUUCUUUAGGGCUGUUUUGUUGGUUCGCCGUGGGAAGUAUGACGAGGCACGUGAAUUUGUUGAGAGGGCAAGAAAAUGUUUGGCAACAGAGCUUGCGGCGCUGGUCCUUGAGAGUUACGAUCGUGCUUACAGCAAUAUGGUGCGAGUUCAACAGCUGUCUGAAUUGGAGGAGGUCAUAGAUUACUGUACGCUUCCUAUAGGAAACUCUGUCGCUGAAGGACGGAGAGCCCUAAUUCGAAAUAUGUGGACCGAACGAAUACAGGGAACAAAGCGAAAUGUAGAGGUUUGGCAAGCACUUCUCGCAGUCCGAGCACUUGUGCUGCCCCCCACAGAAGACAUAGAUACUUGGCUCAAGUUUGCUUCUCUUUGCCGCAAAAGUGGUAGAAUCAGUCAAGCACGAUCCACUUUAGUCAAACUGUUACAGUACGACCCGGAGACCACAAUGGAAAAUAUGCCAUAUCAUGGUCCUCCACAAGUGAUUUUGGCCUACCUAAAGUAUCAGUGGUCUCUUGGGGAAGAUUUGAAGAGAAAAGAAUCAUUUGCAAGGUUGCAGGAUCUUGCUAUGGAGCUUUCAGGAACAAUGGGCAGUCCGCCAGGGUUACCAGCUAGUUUAGUUAGUUCUUCAAGUCCUUGCAUUCCGCUUAUUGCUCGUGUUUACCUUAAACUUGGGACUUGGCACUGGGCACUUUCUCCUGCAUUGGAUGACGAGACUAUACAAGAAGUCCUUAUUGCAUUCCGGAAUGCCACUCAAUGUGCAACUGACUGGUCGAAAGCUUGGCACACAUGGGCACUCUUCAAUACUGCUGUCAUGUCUCAUUACAUGAAUGUUUACACUGGGAGAGGGUUCCCUGAUUUCGCUGGGAAGUAUGUUGUAGCAGCUGUUACUGGUUAUUUUCAUUCAAUUGCAUGUGCAGCAACUGCAAAAGGAGUGGACGACAGUUUACAGGAUAUCCUUCGUCUUCUCACGCUGUGGUUUAACCAUGGAGCUACUGCAGAGGUUCAAUUGGCGCUGCAGAAAGGAUUUGCGCAUGUUAAUAUCGACACAUGGCUGGUUGUGUUGCCUCAAAUAAUUGCCAGAAUACAUUCAAACAACCAUGCUGUGAGAGAACUCAUACAAUCGCUUCUAGUGCGGAUAGGGCGAGGACAUCCACAGGCUCUUAUGUACCCUCUUCUUGUGGCGUGCAAAUCAAUAAGCAAUAUGCGCAGAGCUGCAGCACAAGAAGUGGUUGAUAGAGUUAGGCAGCAUAGCGGCGUACUUGUGGAUCAGGCACAACUUGUGUCCAAGGAGUUGAUUAGGGUUGCAAUACUGUGGCAUGAAAUGUGGCAUGAAGCGCUGGAAGAAGCCAGCAGGCUAUAUUUUGGUGAGCAUAAUAUUGAAGGAAUGUUGAACGUGCUGGAGCCACUGCAUGAAAGGCUGAAGGAAGGCGCUAGCACCAUUAAAGAACAAACUUUUAUCCAGGCAUAUGGCCAUGAAUUACUGGAGGCCUAUGAGUGCUGCAUGAAAUACAAGAAAACUGGGAAGGAUGCAGAACUUACUCAGGCAUGGGAUCUCUAUUAUCACGUAUUCAGACGUAUUGACAAGCAGCUACCUAGUCUUACAACCCUAGACUUGCAGUCUGUUUCCCCAGAGCUGCUUGACUGCCGCGACUUGGAGCUUGCUGUGCCUGGAACAUACCGUGCAGGAUCACCUGUUGUUACCAUUGCUUCAUUUGCGCCACAGCUUGUUGUGAUAACAUCUAAACAACGGCCCCGCAAGUUGACAAUUCAUGGGAGUGAUGGAGAAGACUAUGCUUUUCUGUUGAAGGGGCACGAAGAUUUACGUCAAGAUGAGCGUGUUAUGCAGCUUUUUGGACUGGUGAAUACCUUGUUGGAGAACUCCAGAAAAACUCAAGAGAAGGAUCUUUCCAUUCAACGUUACGCUGUCAUCCCAUUAUCUCCCAAUAGUGGGUUAAUUGGAUGGGUUCCAAACUGUGAUACUUUGCACCAUUUGAUCCGGGAAUACAGAGAUGCCAGAAAGAUCACCUUGAAUCAAGAGCAUAAACUUAUGCUGGCUUUUGCUCCGGAUUAUGAUCACUUGCCACUCAUCGCUAAAGUCGAAGUGUUUGAGCAUGCUUUGCAGAAUACUGAAGGGAAUGACUUGUCAAGGGUUCUGUGGUUAAAAAGUCGCACUUCUGAGGUCUGGCUAGACCGUAGGACAAAUUACACUAGAAGCUUGGCUGUCAUGAGCAUGGUAGGUUAUCUCCUAGGAUUAGGAGACAGACAUCCAAGUAAUCUUAUGCUACAUCGUUAUAGUGGGAAAAUAUUACAUAUUGACUUUGGAGAUUGCUUCGAAGCCUCAAUGAACCGGGAGAAGUUCCCGGAAAAGGUUCCUUUCCGUCUGACUAGAAUGCUUGUGAAAGCUAUGGAAGUCAGCGGCAUUGAGGGAAACUUCAGAUCGACGUGCGAGAAUGUUAUGCAAGUUCUUCGAACAAACAAGGAUAGUGUCAUGGCCAUGAUGGAGGCUUUUGUACACGAUCCUCUUAUAAAUUGGCGACUUUUUAAUUUCAACGAAGUCCCUCUUACUAAUAGUCACGUCCAGCCAGUUGUAAAUAGUGAAGAACCUGCGCCCAAUAGGGAGCUACCUCAAAGAGGUGCUAGAGAAAGAGAACUUCUCCAGGCUGUCAACCAACUUAGUGAUGCUAAUGCUAAUGAAGUUCUAAAUGUGCGUGCUGUGGUCGUCAUGGAAAGGAUGAGCAAUAAACUCACAGGGCGCGAUUUCUCCACUGGUGCUUCAGUCCCCAGCACAACCAGCUCCGCUCAACAUGCAGUAGACCAUACUACAUUGACCCCUGGAGAUGCACGUGAAGUAGAUCAUGGGCUUUCUGUUAAACUCCAAGUUCAGAAAUUGAUUCUUCAAGCUACAUCACAUGAAAAUUUGUGCCAGAACUAUGUUGGGUGGUGUCCAUUCUGGUGAAUAGAUUUUUCUUUGUUUCUGUAAAUGGCAUGUACAUAACUAGGAUUACUUUUGUUGUAACUUGUAAGUAUUUAUGUAAAUAUCAGAUAUGUAAAAAGUAAAUGAAAUCGAUGGGAGUUCUCUCUACUUAGCAGUAGUCAGCUCUUUCAGAACUAGAAGGUAGAAACAGGAACAUAACAAUGUUGUUGGUUGUACCACAAAUUGAAUAUAUACAUGUAUUUUUUUUUGAAACUGAAAAAUUGAAUUGAAUUUUAAAUAGCGGUUA